AUGGUCCACACAAUACCAUGGUGCACUGUUCUUUCACCCCCUAAUGUAUCCGGUGUCAGUCCCAGAGUCUACAAGAACCAACUGGUGUGGAUUCCAAAUGGUACUACUGGUGCUAAGUGGCCAGUCGUGGUUUACUGCAAAAGAAAGGAUCAGGCAUUGGUGUUGAACACACAUUUGAAUCCAUUCCUGGUGUAUCAUGGCCAAGAGGAUGAUGUAACUUUCAGAGUGUCUUUGCAUGAGUGGCAAGAAUGGCCCACGAUCACUGCAAUGUUCGACAAUGAUGGGGCCACCUUCUGGGCCAUCAUAUAUGGCACAAGGGCAGGCAUCUUCUAUCACCAAGAACAUGCUGUGGACCAAGUCAAUCGGUCAAACCCAACAUAUCGCAGGGCCCACGGCUUCGAUAAGAUUGAAAAUGCGCUAAUCUGUCAAAUGAGUCGUGGUGCAACUGUGUAUGGAUGUGUAGAUCAAUACCCGGCCAACACAACGACUUUGCCAUUUCAUGCUGGCAGUCGAGUUCCCCGCCCUACACCCACCAUAGCUUCACCCACAGCAUCUCCAGUGGGGACCCCUUCGAAGCAGAAAGGGAAGGCACACAUUCCCGACUUGUCACCAAGGAAAACUCAUCAUGGCAACUACCUCACUUCGAAUGUGACUGUCAAUAGCAUUGGCAAUGGGGACAUAUUUUCAUCUCCCACAUCACACAGCUCACCAAGGACUCCAUUACUUGCAAGAUAUCUGGAGGUAUACCAGUACCCGAAGCGAUACAUAUCAAGACAUCUUGAAGAGGCUGAUACAAGGGAUGACUUUAUUGAAGCGAUGGAGGAGAGUAUUCCGGAAGAGGUGGCUGGAUUCAUUUGGGACCUGGGGGGUACAUAUUUCAACUCAAGUUUCCUACUUGAAGGGAUAUCGGCAGAAGAAAUGUACUAUGAGGCGGCAGAAGCACCGGCACCAUGGCCUCGGGAUUCUGGUCACUGGGGCAAAAGUCAAAGCCAUCCAAUGACCCUGACUGAUGACUUUGGUGAUGGUCGCGCGACCCGCAUAACACCGGUUCAGAAGUCAAACAAGCACAGUCAUGUCGAAAGCAAAGUGUCAAGACCACAGAAACUAGGGCCAGUUGAGGUGCUGAUGUAA